AUGGAUGAUGAUCUGGUGGUACCAUUCGGAGGGAUGAAGAGUAAAGGAGGUUGGCCAUCACAUGUAAUAGAAUAUCUGCUGGUGGAGAACAGACCAAAAUAUUAUGGAAGAGAGUUUCACGGGAUCAUCUCCCGGGAGCAGGCAGAUGAGCUUCUCGGAGGCGUGGAGGGCGCCUACAUUCUUAGAGAAAGCCAACGCCAGCCAGGAUGCUACACGUUAGCUCUAAGGUUUGGAAACCAGACUUUAAACUACAGGCUCUUCUAUGAUGGAAAACACUUUGUGGGCGAGAAGAGGUUUGAAUCGAUUCACGAUCUGGUCACAGAUGGCUUGAUAACACUGUACAUAGAAACAAAAGCUUCUGAAUACAUUUCCAAAAUGACCACAAACCCCAUUUAUGAACACAUUGGAUAUGCCACUCUACUCAGAGAAAAAGUAUCCAGGAGGCUGAGCAGGUCGAAAAAUGAAUCAAGAAAAACAAGCGUUACAAAUGAAGAACACACAGCAGUUGAAAAGGGUCUGGAAAACCUGUAGAUCUGCCCUGACAGGAGGUCCCUUGGAAAUAAUAUGUAAC